UGAAGCCGGAUUUUUGCCAGCCUUUAAUCUGGAGUCGGGAAGUAAAUGACAUUCUCUGCGGUUCGCUGGGACGGGAAAAGGUGCAGAGCCAAACCGGAUAAAGCAUCGCAGGUCCGGGAGAGUGAAAAAGGGCAGGUGCGCUUUGGAGUCAGCGACUGCGCGGAGAGAGCGGACCGGUGGAUUAGGACGGUACCUGCGUGUGCUGUGGAGAGCGCAUCAUGCGGACUCGGAUGUCGCGCACAAUGAGCCAUUAAAACCUGUAGGCUGGAGCGAAAACAGAUAAGCGGAUAUGGGCUCUGCUCUGCAGCGUCGCUGGCUAUUGUUCCAACUCCUGAUGCAGGUGUGGCUAGCGGCAAAUCCAUCUCUAAGUGAUCGCCACUGCCCUAAGAGUUGCCGCUGUGAUGGAAAAAUUGUCUACUGUGAGUCAAGCGCCUUUCGUGAUGUCCCCAAGAACCUUUCAGGAGGCUGUGAGGGCCUGUCGCUGCGGUACAACAGCCUCUCCAGUCUUCGCGCAGGACAGUUUGUUGGCCUCAACCACCUUAUUUGGCUCUACUUGGAUCAUAAUUACAUUGCCUCUGUGGAUGCAAUGGCAUUCCAGGGGGUCCGCAGGCUUAAAGAACUGAUUCUAAGUUCGAACAAGAUCACAUCUCUCCAUAAUACAACAUUUCAUCCUGUCCCUAAUUUGCGAAAUUUGGACUUGUCAUACAAUAAACUGCAAGCCUUGCAACUUGGGCAAUUCCAAGGGUUACGUAAACUUCUUAGUCUUCACAUACGAUCUAAUUCACUAAAAACUCUCCCAAUGCGUCUUUUUCAAGAUUGCAGAAAUCUUGAAUUCCUUGAUCUCGGUUACAAUCGCCUCCGGAGUAUCACCCGAAAUGCACUUUCUGGACUUGUCAAACUCACAGAGUUGCAUUUGGAGCACAAUCAGUUCUCCAAGAUCAAUUUUUCCCAUUUUCCUCGACUCUACAAUCUACGGGCUCUUUACCUGCAGUGGAAUCGCAUUCGGUCAAUGAGCCAGGGCUUGACUUGGACCUGGGCCUCUGUCCAGAAACUGGAUCUGUCAGGGAAUGAACUGACAGAAGUAGAUCCCAUAGUUUACCAAUGCUUACCAAACCUGCAGACGCUCAACCUGGACUCUAAUAAGCUGACAAAUGUUUCUCAGGAGGUUGUUGAUGCUUGGAUCUCACUGACCAUGAUUAGUUUAGCAGGAAAUGUUUGGGACUGUAGCCCUUCCAUCUGUCCUCUUGUGGCUUGGCUGAGAAACUUUAGAGGGGCAAAAGAGACCACAAUGAUUUGUGCCUCUCCCAAGAAAGCUCAAGGAGAGAAAGUGAUGGAUGCGAUUGAAGCAUUUGGGGUUUGCCAAUCCAACCCAGGGCCAGUGAUCACAGUGAACAUUACUCCAAACCUAUCCAGUGUCCCUGUACAGACAGAACAUAACCCAUCUGUUCUGGCUUUGACGACUAGCUCGGGAAAGAGAUCUGAGGGAUCUCUUUGGGGUCCUACUUCUUUGGCAGUUACCCCACCUGUUGCACUUCCUCCAGAGCAAGACUUGGAGCCCGUCUCCUUCCAUAAGAUUGUGGCUGGAAGUGUUGCCCUGUUUCUGUCCGUUGCGAUGAUCCUCUUGGUAAUUUAUGUGUCCUGGAAGCGCUACCCUAACAGCGUGAAACAGCUCCAGGAGCACUCUGCCGCGGCUCGCAAGCGUCGCAAGAAACCACGAGAAACGGAGCGCACCCUUAGCUCCCCUCUGCAGGAGUACUAUGUGGACUACAAGCCCAACAAUUCUGAGGCCAUGGAUGUGCUCGUCAAUGGAACUGGACCGUGCACCUAUACCAUCUCAGGCUCCCGAGAAUGCGAGGUCCCCCACCAGAUGGGUGCCCUAACCUUUUACCGCUAUGAACAGCCCAUUGUAGACUACUGCCAGGCCCAUCAACCCCUGCGGCUCAACAUGGGAUACGAAGGCCCACCUCAGGGACUGGAAGGACUUGAAGACCUGGGGCCAUGUGACAGGGGCACAAUACAGACGGUGGCCUUGCCUGCAGUGCCCUCUGUUGCCAGCAUAGGUGGCCCUGUGCCAGGGGCCCGGUCGCCUCCCCCGCCCCUCAUGCAACAAACUGAAGGCCCCAGCGGCGGCCCUUAUCCUCCCCCAGAACGCACCGGAACUCUUAAAUUCGGACGCUAAAGAGUCUGGCUGUUCGAGGUGGGAGAAAAGCCUGUGAUUCACCAUUAUGUUUGAAAGGAAGGGAGCAGGUGAGGUGGUUCAACGGGGCCUUGUUUUUACCACAUGGACGAACGGACUACAUUUUCAAAAUAUGCCCAGAGGGGCACGGCACUGGAAAUACACAGUUUUACAGUAAUAUAAUAUGGUGGGACAUUCAUCAUUCUGAAUUUCUUUUAAAAGCAGCUCAUAGAAAAACUCCUGAAAGCCCUUACUACCUACUCAUGAAAAGUAAUUUAGCGGAUGAUGAAAAGAGUUGCUUUGUGGCCUAAUCUGGUCCUCAUCAUAUCUGAUGUCAGCCCAAUGGCUUACGUGUUCACAGUGGCAGCAGUCAGCUUCUGCAAUGUCAGGAGUGAAAGGGGACGUGCAAUAAACACAAUGUCUCAAUCGUAGAGCAUAGCAGUAACGCGACAGAUCUCUGAGGUUUUGCGAAGCACAGGAGGCUUCUUACUGUAAUUAGAAAAUUCAUCUCACAAGCUGGUGACAGAGUGAGACCUGCAUUAUCGUUCCGGAAGUAAUCACAUUCAGACUUUCUUUUGUUCUGUUUUGUUGGAUGUUGUACUUAGAACUUGAUUCAAUUUCUGUGCAUGUUAAACCAAAGAGUUUAUUACGGACUUUCUUUAAGGCACAUACAUAAAAUAUCAGUUGUGUUACACAACAAGCCCCCGCCAGUUCGCACUUAACCGCCAAAGCCCCCCUGCUGUUUAUGACGAACUUUGCAGAUGAGCAAAGCACUCAAGCAUGAGUCAGGUCAGGUAGCUGAGCUGAGAUGUUGGGCAGAUUUAUUAUACAUUAUGAAAUGUAUAAGGUAAACCAUGAACAACAGCUUCCAAAGCCGUAUGUUCAAUAAAAAAAUAAAUAAAUUAAAAAAAUAAUAAUAAUAAUAACAGAAAACAUACAGGUGCCCCCUUGAGGCAGUAAAUGGCUAAUCACUGUAGGUGAAUAUACCCCCAACUGAACGACUCGCUUUUCUUUAGGAAACCUUUCAUGUGGAUAUUCAUGAGAAAAUAAGUACAUUUAGAUGAACAUGUGUACAUAUUAUUCAAAAGGUUGAGCCAGUCGAAAAAGAAACCACUCUCACUGCCCCAAAAUUGUCACUUGAAACAAAUCAAUGAUUGACUUUCAUCAGAACGGACUGCAGAAGGAGCGCCACGCUCCUCUUUCCCUGCCGCCACAGAGAACAACCCUGCUGACUGGAGGCAUGUUAAACCAGCAAGCUGACUUCUCUUUGACCUGCUUAUGAACCCAUGGACUGUAUUGGGAAUAUUACCAGACAUGUUUAUUUUAUUUUAUUUUUUUGUCCUAAAAAGCGUGCAAUGGAGUUUUAUGCACUCGAUAACCCUGUGGCCGCUGUGUUGAGCACUUCUUAUGGAGCCGUCGGGGACUUAACAUACAGCAGCGACAGGCUGUCAAGUAUAGUCUCUGGCUCGGGCCAGAGUGUUGUGGAAGCUGACCACAACAAGCCGGGGUGACACACAGUUCAAACAGAUCGAUGCAUCCUUACGAUGGGAAUAUACGAAGCAAAUUACUGUUUUUUUUUUUUUUCCUUUUCUCUUUUUGAGAUAAAUCGAAAGUUUCUAAGGUGUUUAAAGAUGAUGUCAAGAAAUUCCAUAAGACUCACCGAGGGACUAAAUAAAACAGAACUCAAUCAUUGUGUAAAUAAAAAAGUCUUUAAGAAGAAAAAAAAAAAGGUACAAACUUCACUUCUUCUGAAACACAAACUGUGAACAGAAGAGGAGCCUUAUUGACGUUCCAGUGGGAAUAUAUUACCAGGACGAGUCGGUGAGGAGGUUCCUAUUGUAAUGCUCUUGUUGUUUCAAUGAUAAAUAUUUUUCUAUCUGCUCCCUUCAUGAUAUUGCCAUUUAAUUCAAAUGAUAUGGAGAUUCUUUCUUAAGCCCAGUUCAUUUUACCUAAUCACGUUUCGAAGGAAGGAUUGAAACCGGUAUUAUUUGUGAAGUUCUCUGAAUGGCCUCUGUAUUCUCUGUUCUCACACUUGUACAUGUUAGAGAGGUAAACCUUCAGGUCGUGGUCACACGGUUUGUUAUUUGUAACACAGUCUGUUCAUCGGGUUCUAGAAUUCCCAUGCUAUCUUGCCAUUCAAAGAUUUCCUGUGUGGAGAAGACGUGUGCUAACUUGUGAGAAACGGUGUUCUUGUUUUGAUGUGCCAUUAUAUAUUUUUUUUGUAUGCGUUCUACCAAAAACCAGGUCCCAGACACAAGUGACUCAAAUGUUAUCACCGCAUUGCAACCUCGAAAAGGGUUCAUUCCCGUUUAUGUACAGGUCAUCACAUAAAAAAAAUAAAAUAAAAUAAAAAUACAGUUGAGUCACUCGAUACGGUUGCUUUUUAGUGCUGGUGGAGUUUACUUUGUAAUUACAGCUGUGCCAAUGUCUUUAUAACGGGAGCUCUCAGUUCUACCCAUGUAUUAUCGUCUUGCCUUGCUCUAUAUCACUCCUAUUAACUCCCUGGCCUGAAUUUCAUGUCUGCUGCUUGGUGACUCAGGUGAACCUGUUAAGCUUAGUUCUAUUUCUGUCCGCAUGUUUAUAUAUUGGGAAACUUUGUCCAGCUGGGGAAGGAGACAAACCGCGAGACAGAUAUGGCCUAGAACCAGCAGCACGUGUCUCGAACCACAUCUCUGUUUCGAACGCAUUUCAUUUGCCGACCCGUCCGUUCACGCUCCUGUCUUGUCUGAUAUGAAAUUCCCUGACAUUUGAAGCUACAAAGGAGAAAACCGCUUUUUGUCAUGCACUCAAAAUCAUGUGAGAAAUUCUUAUUUUAUAUUCCCUCACAUAUGUCGUAUUCAUGUUAGGUUCCAAACGUUAAUAUUGGGUCAGUUUUGUUGGCAGCAAAAGAUUAAAGCUACUUUGUCCUUCACGUUGUAAUUAGAAAAUUGUAAUGAAAUGUGUAUUUAAAGUUACAAACCAAUGUUGGAUUAAUCAUGACUACAUCCCUGAAAAAAAAAUCUGAUUUAUUCAGCGGAAACUUUGAAUCCUUCUGCCAGUAUUUAUCCAGUCUUUUGUCCAUUUCUUUUGCCUUCAGAGAGCUGGAAGCACAAGUGCUGCAUGCUACUGAUGCAUGCAUGAGCUAAAUUCCUGGAUAGUCUGUGAGACCCACCCAGUGCCAACACCUUUUAUGUUCUAUCCGCUUUGUUAAUAGUUUUAUGCACCAAACGGUCCAUUCAUCCCCUCCACUCUCUUGAGUUUGGGGUCAAGUCUUCACAGGGAUUAAGUGUUUCCCUUUUUUCUUCUUGCUUCAGAAGAUAAUAGUAAAAGUCUAAGGAACAGCUAUGAAAACUUAUGUACUUGAGAGUUUACUCUCAGAGAAAUAAAUAUGUCUCUCUUAUGGGAACGUUAUGGCAGAGAAGAUAUAAAGGUGAAGACUUGGCGUGGGCUGGUAUGAGGUUCUCACAAUAGAACAACCCCGCAGAAAUAAACUUAUAGUUUAGUAGUAUCAUGAUAUUUAGACAAAGCAUUUUAACAAAAAUUGUAUUAUAUGAGCACAUUUAUUUAAUUAAAACAAAACUAUUGUUUUAGCUGGCAAAUUAAAUGGGCUAUCUGCUCAGGUAUCAAUCCUCUAAUUGGCUGAUUAACUGGCAUCCUGCUAGUAGCUUAGAAACUGCUGUUUUCAGAUAGUUUUACAUUAAUAGCAGGGGGUAAGUGGUACUUUACAUCAUGGCUACCUGUAUGUUUUACAACCAGAAAUAUUUCAAAGCCAAAAAGCUUCUUUUGCAUGGGAAUAAUGUGUUCUAUAUAAUCAUAGAAAACUCCAGAGUAAAGUAAAAAGAAGGUUAAACAGCAAAAAAAGUUAGGAAGGAAAAAUGUCACCGUUUUGAAACUAAUUAGAAAUGCAACGAGGAUUUGUCUUCACCUAGAAUAAGACAUAUUUUUAAUCCAGGCAUUUAGUGUCUCUACAAUUAACACUGGGAUGACUUUGUUUGUUUAAUGCUAUCUUUACUAACAAUGCUAAUUGCAAUUAAAUGAUGGYUUAAAUUUAAAACUCCCUGAUCUUUUUAUAUUUGCUUUCAAAUAGUAAAAACCCUAUUUUCCAUAAACUUCUCUCAGUGUGUGACAUCACUUUUCCUCAUUUAUUUAAUUAUCCUGGCAGAAAGGUGGAAAAACCAAUUUCUAAAAAUUGUAUUUCUAUAUUGCAGUUUUGAAAGAAAAUCUCGAACCAGUCAAUAUCAGACACACAAUAUAAAACCUGUAGAUUAGAUGUCGUCCAUAAAAUUCUGACUAUUGCAUCUCAAAAUGUAGCUUUUCAAAACCUGAAAGCCAGAAAUUGGCCCAAAGGAUUUAUGUUAUAUAAAUAAGAAUAUGGAGACAAAGGUAGAAAAAUGUAAGAUUUUUUACUUCGUUACUGUUACGGAUUUCUGAGCAAUCUAACUUUAUGUUUUUUUCUGUAAGACAUGAAACAACCUCAGCCAAACUCUGGCUUUAAAGCCACACAGGUAAUAGUUACCAGUGUUCAUUUUCAACACACAGUUAAAUCAAAAGACAUUCCAAGCUGUGUUGUAUUAUCCAUACUCUCAUACAAAAAAAAACACAUAAUUUACAAUAAUACCGACACGUCACCAUUAACUUGCCUGUCUAGUUCAAACACAGUCAUGCAUAAACGCAUAUGUACACACAAGAAGCAAAGUAAUAGCAAAACGGACAUUGCAUAUAUCUUGAUAAACGAUAACAAACUACUGCAGGACUUGACACAGCUAUCCAUUCCAGUUCACCCAAGGCCAUCUGUGACGGUUCACUAGGAAGUAAUACAUUACCUGAUAAACAGAGUUGAAAAAUUAAUUUUGAGCCAGACGUGGGUUUGCGGCUUGUUCUUCUAUGCCAUACAUCCGAGUCUUAGCAGCAGGCAGUACUGGAGYAUGCCCAUACAGCACACAUUCAUGGGUCUUCAGAGUCAAGCUAGCAUGUGUACUAGGAGAACAUAUGCUAAUCCUUACGACGUGCCAAUUUCCAGUUGGGUUUUCUUGAAUUUGCCAGAUGUAUUUUGGUCCUACAAACAUUGAAACUUUUUAAAGACAAUGAGUCUUGAAGCAUUGCCACUGAUUGAGCUCCCUGCAUGCACCCUGCAGACGGCCUGUUUGUGUGCGUAUGUGUGUGCGUGUGUCUGCGUCUACUGUACAGCAGCACCUACUGCUCUACCUCCUCUGAGCGAACAUCACCAUUACUGAUGUUCUUGCCAACUCGCGGCCCCCAUUGAUUGUUAUUGUUCCACGCUGUUUCACAUUAGCAGGAAGUCUUUAACCUUCGACCCUCGUUGUUCCAGCUUUGUUUUUCUGCCAUUGCUCAUGUCAGAGGUGGCAAAGAAAAAGAAAGGCAUGAUCAUUAACCUCUGUCGGGAAGACACACAUUUUCGUUUGUCUGACAAAGCCCUAAUUGGAUUUAAUGUAAGCACUUAAGAGAGGAAGCUGUUUUUUUUCUUUCUUUUAUUUAAAUGGGCUCAAUUGUUCUCUUACAGUUGGACUGAGAGUGCCGUGUGAGAGCAAGUAGCAGGAUCCUGACAGAGAGCAAUAUCAGAAUUAGUCAUUGUUACAUGUGGGGUUAAACACUUUUCUGUUUUAAUUUGUUUUUCAUAAUUUAUUUUUGAAUGUUUGCUCCUUUCUGAAUGCUUUCCAUCCAGCCACAGAAUCCCCACCGACUCCGUUUCAUCCAUUUCCCGCACAGAGCGUUGUUUCUUUUUUAUGUAAGUUGUAAAUAUGCGCUUUACUGUUUUCUUUACUAGUUGGUUCGUUGUUACUUUUUUAAAACUUUUAUUUAGUUUUUUAAUUAUUAUUGUAUCAAAAACUAAGGCAUUUUUCUUUUUCUGUGAAGACCUGGUCCAAGCGCAAAAAUAUGGCUCUUCUUUGAGUAUAUUAUUGUCAGAAAAUGUUUUGUAAAAAUUUUGAUGAUGAUAUAAGAAAUAAAAUUAUAAAGGUG